UGACAGCUCGGCUCAUUCAGCUUAUUGUGCUGAACAGGUGUUACCUCGACGCUGUGGAAACACCUUGGGGGGCACGCGCGCUUCUCAUGUCAUGGCUUUCAAGUAACCCCCCCCCGCAAAAAAAAAAAUAAGUUAAAAAAAAAAAAAAAAAAAAAACUUUUUCCAUCUUUGCAUUACACCCAGGUGUUCCGACUGCGAGCCGGGUGAGCGCACAGGUGGUCACGCAGCUGACGCAUCAGGUGGCCGCGCGGACGGGCGCGCGCUCGGCUGGGGGUCGUCACACGCCUCAUCAUCAUGCAGGUGACCGCGCGUUGCCACGCGGAGUUCAGGCGCUACAAGACAUUCAUGAUCGACGAGAUCCUUUCGGACUUAAGUCCAGAGAAGGGCGUCAGGACCUCCCGCGGAGACCCCGCGUGGCCACACGGGGCAGCGCUCACGUGGCACCCAGGAUCCACCCCCUGCUCCCUCUUCUCCAACAUUGCCCUUCUGCCCUACCCCUUGGGCUGCCAGCCCCGAGACGACCAGAAUAAGACCCCCGUGGGAGGCAGCAGUGAAUCCAAAGUGGAGCGGGCCGGUCCCAAGUGGAAGAAGGUCCGGAGAGCUCGUACCAUCUUCUCCCAGCUCCAGCUUGUUGGCCUGGAGAACAAGUUCCAGAGACAGAAGUACCUGUCCACACCUGACAGGUUGGAUGUGGCCCGAUCACUGGGUCUCACUCAGCUGCAGGUCAAGACCUGGUACCAAAAUCGCCGGAUGAAGUGGAAGAAAAUGGUGCUGGAAACGGGGCGAGUGGCCCCAACCAAGCCCAAAGGCCGCCCGAGGAAGAACUCCAUUCCCACCAUGCAGGAGAUCGAAGCAGCCGAACAGCUGGCAGGACUCGCAGAGGCUCAGAAAGGCCAGUCGGGGGCGCCGGACCUAAAUCCCCCAGGGAUGGGAGUUGUUUUCGCACCAUGUGGUCCAUCCGUGUUGGAGACCCAGGGUGUGGAACAUCUUCCUGGCUCACCUUUAACCAUACAACAGACCAGCAUGGGCGUGACUGGCUAAAGACGCCUCCUUCAGACAAAGCGAGGACUUAAAAUGGGAAACCGAUGCUUGAAGGCUGCAGGAAACACAGGCCCAAUUUUUGGGGAAACAUCUGGUGAAGCUGCACAGGAGGUGGAAAAUGAGGACCCAUGGAGCGAUGCGUGAAAAGACAGCGAGUGUAAUAGCAUGCUUCCCACACCGGAAGGACCCUAACCCUCAGCCUCCCACCACUGGGGUCACUGAGAUAUACAUUAGUGCAGAUGCCUUGUGACUUGUGCUCUGAUGCAUUGUAUUUAAUUAGAAGAA